UAUUUUUUCUCAAUUGCAACAAAAGAAAAGCCCUUAAAAAGGAGCAGCACACUAUCAUAUUCUUCUCUUUUAGCUUCCUAUGGAUCCCUCAAAUACAAUUGAAAAGCCACUAACAAUCCACCUGGUCACCUCAACCGACUCGCCCGAGUUCACUCUUUUAACUCAGACUCUAGCUCGUUCUUCCGUCAUCGGACUUGACGCAGAAUGGAAACCCAUUCGAGGUCAACAAUCAUCUUUCCCCACCGUAUCUCUUCUCCAACUGGCUUGUCAACUCAGACCCCAACUCGGUUCCGACUCGUCCGAGUCACUGGUUUUUCUGCUUGACCUGUCCUUAAUUCAGCUUCCUUCAAUAUGGGAACUGCUAAAAGAAGUGUUCGUAUCCAAUGAUAUAUUAAAAUUGGGUUUUCGAUUUAAACAAGAUUUGGUUUACUUGUCUUCAACUUUUUGCUUACAAGGCUGUGAUCCUGGGUUUCAUAAGGUGGAACCAUAUUUGGAUAUUACCAGCUUAUACCAAUUGCUGCAAUACAAGCAACAUGGUAGGAGGAUUAAAGAAACCAAGAGUUUGGCAACAAUUUGCAAUGAAGUCUUGGGGAUUUCUCUUUCAAAGGAACUUCAAUGCAGUGACUGGUCACUUCGUCCUCUUACAGAAGCGCAAAAAACAUAUGCAGCAAUGGAUGCCAAUUGCUUGCUUGAAAUAUUUAAUGUCUUCCAGGCCAAUGCUAUUAAAGAAGGAAAAUCUUAUAACAAUUUGACGGAACUGCAAUCUUCCAAUAUUAAUCGAGGGCUGAAAGAAAUUCUGGAAACAAAUGAUGCCGGUGAUACACUUGUUACGGCCAGGUUUUCUGAAGCUUUGAAUAUCAUUCAAGCUACUUUUGCUUCUGAAGGUUCAUGCAGAAUUGCCAAUGGGGAGAGAUUAAUGUCCAUGCAAUCAUCGAUAAAUACUCUUCCUAUGGAUGAAUUGCUAUUGAAAAUAGUAAAAAAAUAUGGUGAAAAAAUUAUAUUGGGAGAAUCUGACAGGAGACUAAAAUCCUCCAGAAAGAAAGUAAAAAAACGGCCUUCAGUUGCAAAUUGCAGAGAAAAACAAUUGGACAAUGUCGGUGACUGGGAAGGUCCUCCACCUUGGGAUUUGGCAUUAGGUGGCGAUGGACGCCCAAAGUUUCUAUGUGAUGUUAUGGUUGAAGGUUUGGCAAAACAUUUACGAUGUGUGGGAAUAGAUGCUGCAAUUCCUUAUUCAAAAAAACCGGAACCAAGAGAAUUAAUGGAGCAAGCCGGUAAGGAGCAGAGAGUGCUUCUGACACGAGAUGCAAAGUUAUUGAGAUUUCAAUACUUGAUAAAGAAUCAACUUUACAGAGUGAAGAAUCUUCUUAAAAAUGAUCAACUUCUAGAGGUAAUCGAAACUUUCGGAUUAAAAAUUAAUGAGGAUGAGCUGAUGUCGAGGUGCACGAAAUGCAAUGGGAGGUUUAUUCAAAAGCCACUAACAACGGAGGAGGCUGUUGAAGCUGCCAAGGGCUUUCAGAAAAUUCCUAACUGCCUGUUUAACAAAAAAUUACAGUUCUGGCAGUGUAUGGAUUGCCACCAACUUUACUGGGAGGGAACACAGUACCAGAAUGCUAUUCAGAAAUUCGUUGACAUCUGCAAGUUGAACGAAGUUGAUGAUCAUAUUCAUGCGUGAUGGAUAGAAUAGGCAUUUUUCGCACCAUAUUUGUUUGAGCAAAUGUGUAUACCUUUGAUUUUAAAGUAACUUUCUGAGACCAACAUGAAGUUGAAAAAUUAAACUGCAAUUGUUUUAUGUUC